AUGUUAACGAAAACCAGGUCGGUACCUUCAAAAGCUAGUUACUGCAAACUGCCUUGCCCAAGCGGUACCCAACACACCGUGUGCCGACGUGACAAUUGCAAACCGGUGGCGUUCUGUCGCCAGGAGCACAUAACCUACGAAAUUCGCAAGGCCCUCACCGACGCACACAACACACUGCGCAACAACCUGGCCCUGGGCAAAGAACCGGAUGUAAAGUACACGGCCGCCAACAUGCGCCUCUUCAACUACGACAUGGAACUGGAGUACAUAGCCCAAUGCUACGGCAACCAGUGCACCCAACCCAAAGAAGAUCCGUGCCGGAUCACCAGCCGUUUCAGCACCGUCGCCCAAAUCACGCAGAUGUACGACGACAAGACGUUCAACAUACUGAAGUGGAUGGAGCCCCAGCACGUGGCCGGUCGCUUUAGGAACGCCUACAAGGACCAGAAGCACACGCUGGACGACUCCAACUACGAGAACGUGUACACGGGCAAGCAGAAGGACAAGUGGAAGUACAACGACCCCUUCGUACAAAUGAUCUGGGCUGAAUCCGACCACAUUGGUUGCGCCAUCAACACACAACGAACCAACAAGACCACCUACAAGUACUCCUUUCGCAUCGUCUGCUACUACUCUAACAUAAAAACUAAGGGCAAGAAGUUGUUUAUUGUCGGGCCCGCUUGCUCGAAGUGCCCUUCGGGGACUAAAUGCAAUGAGAGGUUCACGGGUUUGUGUGGCAAAACUGAGCCGAUAUCAAAGGAUAGUUCUUACGGCGCCAUCUUUCCGGAUGAUACUGCUGAAGCUGUGAGGGAAAGGCAAGAGAUGGAGGAGCAGAUGGACAUGUGGGGCGUUGACGAUUAUGAACUGUUCAACAUCACCGAUGUUAAAAAAGGCCAAUCAAAUGUUUUGUUUGUUGUACCCAAUUACCUUUUAAUUGUCACCAUUUUUUUAACGUUCUUAGUUCACAUGAAAAUUGUUUAGCUUCAGACUGUUCUUCAACAUCUUG